CGAAUUUUCCCGCAGUUUUCGCGCUUCGUGGCUUUUUUUCAAUUCAACCAAAGCUUUGAAAUCAUCACGGAGGAAGGAUGAUAGUGGUCGGCGAGGUUCACGCUCUAUGAUCUUUGGCUUCUUUGCCUGCCCUUCACCUUAAACAGGGGUUUCAUAAAGCAUAUUUAAAUUAAUAUUGCCCUAUUUUCAUCCCAAAGUAUGGCAUAAACUUGGAACUUUUAUCUAGUUUGAACUACAGAGAGUAGAUCCUUUUACAAUUAUGCCUAUGUGGCAAUCCAUCUCUAUCAUAAGCGAAAAAAAAUAAUUUAUUUUAUUAGAAUUUCACAAUGAUUGUAGGUUUUUUAAGGAAAUUGGUUUCCAAAAUGUAAUUUGCGAGGUUGAGUGUGUCAAUUUAAGGUUGCGUGCCAUUUUGAGCCUUGUCCCUGCUAUCGCACAUGGUAAUCCCACUUUUAAAAGUCAAAAAAAGUCAUUUUUUAACCUAAACCGGUACGAAGAAAACUCUGAUUUGAAACCCUGUUAGCAUCAAAUUACGUAGAGCACCUUUUGGUAGGACUUUAUGUAGCACAGGUCUGCCCCAAGUGAAGAAUUGUGGCGUCAGACGCCAUUUUCAUGCAGUGCGAUAACAAGUAAUCUCCCUUGAAGCGACUAAAAGUAGUGCAUCACAUUGUGAAAUUGUGCUUCCUUUGUGUAUUCAUCAAAGAAAGCCACAGUUUGAUUUCAAAGUGUUUUCUGUUGGUUAGGUAUACCAAUUCGACCGACCCAAUGCGCGAAUUAAACAUGGGUCUACAUCUGUGUAAAUUUGUGUCCCAGCACAAAGAUGACAUGUCUCAACCCCACUCAUUAGAAGAAAUACUUCGAGAUUUUAAGUCUCUAAGAGUAAACGUGGGCACAGACAUUGACGCUCAAAUCGAAUCUCACUUUUGGGCCCGAAAAUUCCGGGAGUAUCUUUUGGAACGGGAUUUGACCGAUACAAUGACAGCGUUCAAGUUCCUGGUUCUAACGAUGCCGUUCUAUGUGAAGUGCAACCAACAAAAUAACAAUAACAAUCAGAAGAAAUCCAAGGCCUUAUCCAAAGAACUUCACCAGAACUUUGUCAAAGUGGGUGAGAUCUUCUUCAAUGAAGAUAGCGAGGACCUAUUGAGUCUGGCUAACGGAGCGCUUUUCAAUGCUCUACAUAGCUCUUCGGAACGAAUUAGGAACGGAGGCAACCUCACAAGCCAGGACAUUUCACUCAUUCUCAAGGCUAGAGAGGAUUUGAAUGUAUGGCAGAAUGGUGUCGAACCCAAGUUUAUGAAUUUUCUUGACACCACACAUGAGGGCACGGCAAUGUCAUGCUUACUCAGUAUUCUUUGAUGGAACUUAAAGAGAACCGUGUUUCAUUGUAUAUUUGUAGAGCCAUCAAACAGCCCUCUCUCCUCCCCCCUUGUGCCAUUUCAUUGUGAAGAGCAUUUAUUGUAAAUACGUACAGAACAAGUGCAGCCUAUUUUCAAUACACAAAAGUUUUUGAAAACCAAAAUUGGGCAUUCAUUGGUAUAACGAUGGACUAGGAUAUGAUAUACGUACAGUGUAAUGAAAAUUGGAAUGUAUUGGCGUCACCAAAUGCUCACUUUCCUCUGGUCGGUUUGGCGGGAAGGGCCAGGUUUUUGAAGUUGGCUUCCCAAAAGCAAGUGUACAGUACAGGGUUGUCUACCACCGUCCAAUGAGCUACAGAGUGCUCUUCGAGUAUCAUGCACACCCAGGCGUCUAUUUAUCCAGGGAAGUGGGAUUGACUCGUCUCUCUACUGGGUCUGUUGUCUUCUGAAGUUGCAGAGUAGCGUCACUUGAUGAAGAUUAGAGGAACUUAAUGGCGAAACAUACGUGAAAGUAUAUAACUUAGAAUGGAGCAGAAGAAAUCCAGCAUUGGUGGCAUUGUCCGCACCGGAAGUUGCAUUGGGGAACCUCAGGCCAAUGCUCUUCAAUGCUUAAAAAAUCAGGAAUUAACAGUAUUUGCGGACUUAGUCAACGAGGCAGACCUGGAACACGGCCAUGAGAGACCUCUACCCCCUGAUCAUUGGAUUAAUCAGCCUCUGGAGGAAGAGGCUGAUAAAACCCUACUCAUGGCCGCUCUUGCCAGGAAACUUGACGAUUUUGUUGAAGUCUUACUCAAUGCUGGAGCAGAUGCCAAAUUGAACAAUCAGGCUCUUGGUAGGGCUCCUAUCCAUGUGGCUGUUCAAAAUGGAAAUCUAUCAGGGUUGAAGAUGCUCUUUCGCGACCAUGGAAACGCAGCCGACAUCAAUGCCGUGGCGUCCACCAAAGGAGGACAGACAAGCCUGCAUUUGGCAGUGGAGGCUGCCGAUGUUCAAAUGGUGGAGUUUCUUCUCAAGCAACCUGGAAUCGACGUCAAUGUCAAGGAUAACAAAGGUGGAAAGACCCCGUUGUAUCUUGCCGUUAAAAGCGGCCGCCAAGAUCUGGCCCAGCGAUUGGUUGAAGCUGGCGCAGAUUAUAGGGUUUCUUGUUUUGGGAAGAAGAUCCAUCCCGACUUGACCAUAGAGAAACUUCCCGGGUUUGAUCCCACCAAAAUUCUGCGACAUUCAGCUCCCUUGGUCCCGCAACUGAGUUCAGCCACGUUCGACCGUUUGGUGUCGCUCAUUGACAAGGCUGUCGUCCAAGAUUACGUUACAAGAUCAGACGUGAAUGAAUUCAAGUCCUUGCUUCUGCAAGUGGAUACCCAUUCAUUGAAUAACAAGCAAUCAAAUGGUUACACUCUCCUUCAAAAGGCCUGUCAUAAUGGCUUGAACGAGAUCGCGGCUGCACUUUUGGCAGACGAAGGUUGCAACAUGAAUGGAAUCACGGAAAAUGCACCCAUUCCUCCUCUGCUUUUGGCUGCGGCUCAAGGUCACAAGAAGGUUUUGGAGCUUUUUGUGGCCCACAAGGCCGAUUUCAGUGUUAGAUCCGAUGAAACCUCAGAAACGAUUCUGCAUUUCAUCUUGAAGAAAGGUGACCGAGAUGAUUCAAAGUACUUGGAUUGUCUAACAUUUCUCCUUACCAAUGAACAAGUCUUGGGUGAUCUGCAAGAGGUUAUGAACAAGAGGGACGUUCUGGGGAAUACGGCCCUACAUUAUGCCACUCAGAAAUGGCCGCAAGAGGUGUCUCGGCAAUUGUUGGAAAAUGGGGCCAACAUUGGUAUGAAGAACCAUUGGGACGAGACCCCCAUUGAAAAAAUCCAACCGGACACUUUGGAGGCUUUCCUGAACGAGUUUUGCAUCACGUCCAAUGGUGAUGUGAAUCAUGAGAACUUCGAGAUCACUUUCAACUACUCAUUUCUGGCGCCACCGAAAGAGGAUCUCCCCUUUGCCAAUCAAGAUCCGUCCGAUGAUCCGGAAAAUCAAAAACUCUCUCCGGGAUCGAAUAUCAAGAUUGCUUUGCCUGAAACGCAAUCCUUGUGGUACAUGGGGCAAUCGAAAGAGCAUUGCCAUUUGCUGCAGCAUCCAGUGGUGACAAGUUUUCUGUACUUGAAGUGGCAAAGGAUCAGGAAGUAUUUCAACCGAAACCUUAGGUUUUAUCUGCUAUUCGUGUUCAUCCUGACUUGGUUCAUCUUUGACCAGUUCGGUGGCAAGAGCAUUCGAGAGGUGGGCUCGCAGAGCAUUCUGUUUUGGUACGGAGCUUUCAUCCUUUUCUUCUUUGUGGUUCUACUCUUUAUCCUUCGAGAUUGGGCCAUGGACAUCAAGGACCUAUCAAGGACGGAGAAGAUGAGAAAGAAGAACGAGACUGACGAGGACUCGUUGUCCUCCGGAAAGCUGUUAUGCGUGAUUUUGUUCUCGAAUUGGGUGGAGGUGUUGUUCAUCACUCUCCUGGUUGGGAUUUUGGUCACUGGAAGGGACUACUUGUGGGUCGCUUUGGUUUUCCUUACCGGCAUCUUGAUUUUUCGCGAGUUUUUCCAAGCCACUGUCUCGCUCAAGCGAUACUUACUCAGUCUGGAGAAUUGGAUCGAGCUGAGCAUAAUUGCCAUCAUUGGCGUGAUCCUCGGUCUGGAAGGAAGCGAUUUCAAUCACGAUUUGAAGCGUCAUUUGGCUGCCAUCGCUAUCGUUCUCUCUUGGGCCGAGCUCAUCACUCUGGUGGGCAAACAUCCCAAAUUGACCAAAUGUAACGUGUAUGUGACCAUGUUUUACAAGGUUAUGCGCACAUUUUUCUUCUUCUUGUGCUGGUACGUCUUCUUCAUUGUGGCCUUUGGCCUGGGCUUCUACAUCAUGCUGCAUAAAGAUGGACCCAAUAAUGUAGUCGAAGCUGACGACUACAUCUUCUUCAACAAGCCCUGGUUAGCCUUGGUCAAGACCUCGACCAUGUUCGUGGGUGAACUGGAAUUCUCCGAUAUUCCAGUCAAUUUGGAUGGAGGCUUGGCAGGCUUGGCUUAUGUCUUCUUCUUAUCGUUUGUGUUCCUCAUUGUGGUAGUUUUAAUGAAUCUCCUCAACGGUUUAGCCGUCAGUGAUACGGGCGUGAUCCAAGAGGAGGCUGAGAUCGUCAGCUACAUCUCACAAGUAGAAACCAUUUCUUAUACCGAGUCCGUCCUCCUUGGUGACCCCUUCAACUUUUUGUCGAAUUGGCCUAAAUUGAAGUUUCUCUUGGACAUUCCGAGCUUCUCCUUGUGCAAACAGUUGUAUCGGAACAAGUUGAUCCAGCGCAUGUUUCACAAGGUCACUGGAGCAACGGGGAUUUUACUCUUCUACAAGUUCUUACCCGACAAAAGGCUGAGAUUGACGCCAAACGAGAGGAAACAUGAUUGCAACUGCUUACAGGUACAGAAAGCUCUUAAGGAAGGAGAGUUACACGAAUCUUACGCGUCUAUGAACUGUUUUCAGAUCGAGUUGAUGGAGGAGAGCAUUAUCGCCUCUGCUAAAAACAUCAUCAAUAAGAAACAUGUUCCUCAAGAUGUGGAGCAACGAGUGGCGCAGAUGGAAAACAAGAUCGAAUCUAGAAUAAAGACGUUGGAGGAUAAAAUUGAUUUACUAUUGUCACGGAUGUAAUGAAAGCCUUUGGCAUUUAUUGUAGAUGAUUAAGUCCUUCUUUGUAUUAACAUUCCCAAUGACACUCUUAAUAAAAUACGCUUAUCGAACUAGC